CAAAUGGACAGAUAUAAGCGAUUAAAUAACUUCCAGCAGUAAAAUUAUUGUUCGUUUCACCUGAGCGCAUUUACCUGUAAAAUAGCCUUAAUUGGAUCCCCUGUGGCGAUCCUCUGUAUUCAUCGCCACGUUUUUAAGCACGGACCAAUAAGAAUGUGUGUCUUAUUUUGACGGUAAAAGGCUGGGAUAUCUUUCACAUGGUGUAAAGUGUACACAACAUUUCCUUUAUUACUUUUAACGGACGAACAUUAUUUUUACAUUGUUUACAUGUAUUUUCAUGGAGAAAAGUGACUGACAAAAGUGAAAUAAACAUGAAAAUUAGUGAAAUUAACAAUAUGACCAACUCUUCUUAUUUGGUUGUUUUAUUUUGUGCGUCUGCUGGAAAAAAUGGUGAAGAACUCGGUGUUGACGAAGAGCAAAUAGUAUUAUUUACAUAUUUAUUAUAUGAUUUACCUAAUAACAAGGUCGUAGCAGUACAACAACAUUACUGCCGACCGACGCCAAAUGAGCUGUCGGAAACCGUCAUCACAGAGGACUGUAAACAAGAAACGGGUCUGGAUGAAGAUAUCAUUAAAAAUGCUCAAUCACUCGACCAUGUUUUAGAUGAGUUCGACAGAUUCCUUGUCUCAAAAGGUGUUCACCCCGACCAUGGCGGAAAAUCGUUUUGUCUCGCUACCGACGGACCAAAUCAUAUACGACAAGCGUUACACCCUGAAUGUGGAAAUAAAAACAUUACCUUACCACAAUACUUGUUCUCAUAUUAUGACGUCAGAAAAGAAUUUGUGAAAAUGUACAAAGCUGAAAACAUUACGAACAUCAAAAGUAUGUUAGAUUAUUUAGGUUUACAGGAAGACCAAUCAUCGGAAUAUGGCAUCAAACAAUGUCAAGAAAUGGCAUCUCUUAUACAAAGACUCAUCGUGGACGGUCACAUAUUCACAGAACCGGAUGUUGUUAACGAACGACUGGAACCCGGUAUAUGUAGUAAAACAGAUAUUGUUGAUGAUGAGGUCGUAGUACGAGCACGUGGGUUACCAUGGCAAUCAUCGGACCAAGAUAUCGCGAGAUUCUUUAAAGGAUUAAAUAUUGCAAAGGGUGGUGUAGCUCUUUGUCUAAGUCCGCAGGGAAGACGAAAUGGUGAAGCUCUAGUCAGAUUUCAGGAUCAAGAAAUGAGAGAUCUUGCCAUAAGGAGACACAAACAUCAUAUAGGUCAACGAUACAUUGAAGUCUACAAAGCAACUGGAAAGGACUUCCUAAACGUUGCUGGAGGUAGUAACUCAGAGGCCCAAGCAUUCUUGUCACGUGGCGGUGAAGUCAUAAUACGCAUGCGCGGCCUGCCGUUCACAGCUACAACACAACAAGUGCUCGAGUUCUUUGCAAGGGAACCAAACGUUUGUGACGUUUUAGAUGGCGAAGAUGGUAUAUUGUUUGUGCACUAUCCUGACGGACGGUCCACCGGAGAUGCCUUCGUCCUAAUGCCGACCGAGGAGGAGGCUGAUAAAGCACUGAAAAAGCACAGGGACAUUAUGGGCACUCGUUAUAUAGAACUGUUUAAAUCUACCACGGCCGAGGUUCAGCAGGUUUUAAACAGAAGCAUGGACCCAAGAAACCCAGAACCCCAGGAGAGCCAGGUUGCUCUUCCGCCACUUAUUGCACAGUUGCCACCCCAGACUGCACUGCCAUACAUUCCACAGUCUCUAAUUACAAGUGGGACAAAGAAAGAUUGUAUUCGUCUGCGCAAUCUUCCAGGCGGGUCACAAGUCACAGACAUUUUAUCUUUUCUUGGAGAAUUCUCACAGUUCAUUGUGUACCAAGGUGUCCACAUGGUAUACAGUGCACAGGGAGAACCUUCGGGAGAAGCAUUCAUUCAGAUGAGCUCCGAGGAGGCAGCUCAGCUUACCGGAAUUAACCGACACAGACGACAAAUUAUUUACGCGGGAAAGAAGCGCGUCAUUGAGGUCAUUCAGUGCUCCGGGGAGGACAUGAACCUCGUUCUGACACACGGAAUUACGUCACCAACGCUGUCUCCAGUCACUCCAAUUGCUCAUCAGGCCGCUGUACCAACUAUCACCCAUUCGCCAAUUAUUCAACGACAGAUUAUUUCACCUGGUACUACAGCAUUAUUGCCAUCACUGCCAGGCGUAUCGACGAACCACCUUGCCAAUUCAUUCAGCUCAGCCUUGCCUUUCACCCACAUACCACAGCCAAUGUAUGCCUCGCCAUUCCAGCAGGGGAUCACACCUAUAGCGGCUGCUGCACCCAGACCAGCCAUGUUUCCACAGAUUAUCUACUGGUACCCUACACCUCCUGUUUCACCACAGACUUACUUCACUACUAACACGGGACCAUCCAUGGUCGUAAUGCGGGGCCUCCCUUUUAAUGUGUCCCUACAAGAUAUCCUAAAUUUCUUUCAAGGAUUUCCGGAGGUGAGUCCAGAAUGCAUUCAAGUGCAGUAUACGCCGGAAGGAUUGCCAAGCGGUGACGUAGUAAUAUCGUUCGCCACGCGCGUCGAGGCGGAACGCGCAGUCGCAGAGAAAAAUCACCAAAUUGUCGGAAACAGAAUGGUUGAGCUAUUUGUAGCAUCGUGAAUAUUUUACCAACCUAAUUGCUAAAAUCAUGUCAUUUUAUGAGUCUUUCAAAUUAUGGUUCGAUUUUAUAUUUUUAGUAUAGGAAAGCGAAUAGAGAUUGGAAUAAUUGAAUUAGGCCUACGUUAUUUUAUUCCGUCAUUAAAAUGUGGAAAUGUUUAAUAUUGCUUUUAAUAAUGUGCAAAUUUAAAUUUCAAAACUGUUUUGCAAUGUGUACGUUAUUUCAUCUUGCCAGUUCUUUAAUAUGAUCAUCUAUUUCUUAAGCCCCAGAAACGUACACCAUUGACUGCAAAAUUGGAAUAUCUAUGAUUUUAGUUUUUUUAUCGUCUGCUAUGGCAUUGAAAAAUGAAAUUUGUCUCAAAUUUAAGCCUAUCUGAUUAGUACAGGAUCUGACUUUUUAUGAAAAAUGUUUAACUAUGUGUUGUAUUAUUUUUUUUUCUUUAUUCAUUAUUUUUUAUUCAUUUUCCACAUUUCAAAUUGAAUUCUUGUACAAAAUUGUGUAAAUUUUAUAUGUCAAAUUUUACAUCAUAGAUCUUUUUUUUCUGCCUCUCCUCUCAUUAUUAAUAUUAUUGUGUUUAUUAUAGUUAUAAUUAUUAUUGCCUUAAUGUAAAAUGCAUGAGUAUGAAAUAUUUGUUAGUAUAAUUUUGUUGUUGAUCUUAUAUGUAAAGUUUAUUUCAUUUAUGAACUUGUAAAUAUUUUUGUUUUGAAAAGAUGAAUUUAUUAUACAAUCAUAGCAUAUGUUUAGAUUUUAAAAAUUUUAGCUGGAUAAAAUCAAAUGAGAAUUAUUAUUCUAGUCACGAAAAUAAUAUCAUUUUUAUUAGAAUCAAAAUACACAAAGUAUUUGUUUUUUAUCUUAAAUCAGCAAAAAGGUUUUGAAUUUUCCCUUAAAACUUCAGCUAGGAAACUAUUAAAAUUAUCCUUAAACGAGAGGUUUAGGUUUUAGGUAAAUAUCCGAGGGUAUCCUAAUAAAAUUUUGAAAAAUAUGGCGCGUGCCGGAAGUGGCGCGUGCCUGAAUUAUGUACACGUAUCUACAUACGUUUUAAUAUAUGAAUUAAAUCUAGUGCCUUCACUGUGUUCAAAGUGCUAACGGGAUUUUGUUUUGGAAUUCUUUAUUUACUUUUUAUCUUCUAUGCAACGUAUGUAUUUAUUUCAAAUACAUAAUAACUUGUGCAUCCUUCUACGCAUAGGAAACGUUUUAUGUUCAAUUUGUAUAUAAUUGAUGUAUAUAAAUAUAUUAAAAAGUAUAUAUAUAUAGAAACAUAUUUUAGAGAAAAAAGAUGUCUCUAGACUCAUAAGUGCAAAGCACAUGCUGUUGUUUUAACAACAAAAUCUACUGUCUUCCAGUUGAAUACGGACUAUUCAACAUUGGGUGUUUUUUUGUAUAUAUAAAUAUGUAGCUCUAGCAAUGUAUAUAUUUUAAUAGUUAUUAGUAUACUUGAUGUUAAAUAGUGUAUUUUUGAUAGUGACCAAUAUUUGACUAUGUCUUCCGGUUAAAAAAAAGCAUUCCAGAUUCUUAAUGGUUUAUUCAGGUUGUGUUGUGGUUUAUUCACAUUGUGACGUCGUUUAUUAACGUUUUGACGUCAUUUUAUUCACGUUGUGACGUUUACAUUCGAUUUAUGUCAAUUUUAUUUUUUUGCCAAAUUGACGUGUCUUCCAUUUUUAAAAUUAUAACCCGUAAGUGCCUUAAAAUCUAUAUGUAUAUACAUAUAAUUACUGAAUUGAUGAAUCUGUAAAAAAUCAAGUUUGAUGUUGUAACAUUCUGAGACUUUUUGAACUGUAUUUGACACAUGUUUUUGUUGAAAAAAUAAUGAAAUUUCUAAACUUUGUGAAGUAGCUGGAUCCUAAGAUUGUUUCAAAAUUUACAACAUUGUAUUUAUCACACAUUCCAUAAUAUUAUGUUUCUGUUCAAAGAAUUUCUUUCGAGGCUGAUCCGGCUACUGUAUAUUGUUUAAAUUGUUGUCAAAAUAUAAUUUGGGUAUAUGUUGAACUUAACUUGUAUACAUGUGUGUGUUUUAUAAAAAAAUGCAGGGUACUAACACUUUUCUGUGGCUAAAUUCAUUAUAUAUAUAUAUACUUCGCAAACUUCUAUUCAAAAUGCUAAUACUUUAACUGAACUGUAGAUGCAUGAACUUAGAUUAAAUGACUUGAAUUAUUGCUUAAACAUUCAGGACAAACAAAGUUGCCAACUUCAAUUCCUGGCUUGUCAUUUUUUAUAUAUAUAUAAAUUUCGUUUACAAUUUACUCUUAAAUGAAGGACCCAUUUACAGUAACAAGUCCUGGGAAAUAACUCUCAAUACAAAAUUUAAAAAAAAAACGUCCAAAAUUCUUAAUUUUCAUAAAUUUGAGUUUAAAGAUAAAGGGCGAUAAAAUGACGCUCGGGUAUAGAUAUAUUAAGACAAUAUGGCAGUUUUUGGAUUUAAUUGAUAUUUUAAAAUCUGCCGGAAAUUGAAGUUGGUACAAAUACUUGCAAUAACAUGACAGCAGGAAGAAUACUAGUGCAAUAUGGUUAAGGGUACAUAAAAAUACUAGAAUUUUCUUUGAACACUAUUGUAAGUCUCUCAUAAAAUUCUAAAAUAUAUUUAUACUAUUGCGUUGUGAGUAUUUAAACAUCAGUUGCAGAUCGUUAUUGAAAUUGGAAGAAAAAAAGUAGAAAUGAAAAAUUAGCACAUACUUUUAUUUGAAAGACAACAAAAUGUUAAAACCUUGUGUUGUUUUUGUUAUUAGUGAAAUUUCUUUUGCAAUUAAAAUGAGUUGGCAACAAUCAAUUGCAAAUUCAAACAAAGAUUUGAAAAAUAAAAAAAAGAAUAUUAGAAAGUAUUAUUGUUUUUAUUUAAAAAAAGGGAAACAACCAGUCUACAAUGUAAUUUGAACUAAUAUAAAUAUUGAUAUUUUUAGUUAAUGGUUGUUUUAUAAACUGUGGUUGUGAUGUUUUAGCCAAUCUGCAGCUGAUGUCAAUAAUUUCAGAGAGCUUUUUUUCCAAUUAUGUUAUCAUCUAUCUGUGAUUUGUAACAUCUCAUUGGUUUUGGUGAAAUACUUCCAUGACAUCAUAUAUGUGACGUCAUACGCUUUGAAAGUGAUUAUCCCGAAAAAUGUUAAAAUAAUAGCUAAAUUUCUGGUUUCAUCAGAUAAAUAUGAAUUUGGUAUUAACUUUAAUAAAAUGGUACCAACUUGUAAAAUUGUUAAAGAAAAUUAAUCAGAAAUUGUAAGAAAAUAAGAAAAAAUUGUUUAUUUAUAAAUACGUUUUUGGAUAAUCACUCUCAAAUCACAUGCUAUGGUAAAUUGUUCACCCUUUCAUGUUUGAAACAACACUCUUGUCUAGUGAACACAUUUUCUUAAUGUAGCAAAUUUAUAUGGCUUUAUGAUAUUGAAUUUCAAAAGCAAUAAACUUUUCAGAAAGCAUACAUGGUGGCGGUUAUGGGCGUGGUUCGUUCUAUUUUUAGCAAUUUCUGCCGAGGAUUCCCUCCGUUGCGAUUAUCCUUCAGUCAAUGUGUGUUUGGUUGUAUUUUUUGACAAAUUGUGUUUCUAUUUGUUAAAAUAUUUGUCGUUGAAAAGCAUUGCACAUUGACGGGGGAUAAAUCAUGACAGGGGCGGUAACUCUGUGUACGAGAUUGUCUAUUGGUGAAGGUUGUUGCUUACAUUGUUUUACAACUGUAAAGUGUGUGUAUAUAAUUAAACUCUGGAGAUAGGGGCGAGAAGGUUGAGGGCACGUGACUUUGUUGGUACAUCUAUAGUAACCUGAUAAUGAAAGUUUUAAAAAAACAUCACAUAACAACCGGUGUCAGCACAAAAAUCUGCUCUGUGGUUUGUGUUACUUCUUUGGCAAAUGGUCGUGUUAAUAUUGCAAUAGCAUCAAUGGUCGUAUUUUUUAUGAAUUAUUUCUUCGGUAAAUGGACACAUCUUUAAACUUCUUAAAAAGUCUUAACAGGUGAAAGGAUUUAUUAAAUUGGAUUUUAGAGUAUGUUGUAUAAAUGUAAUAAAAAUUUAAAAAAAAACUAACCUGAAAGUGAAAAAGGGAGCCCCGUAUGUUUUUCACAGUACAAAUGUACUUUGUACUGUAUUCUUAUAUCAAAAUGCUGUGAUAACUUUUCUAUUUUUGUUAAAUAGACAUUGUCAAUUUAGACAAAAAUACAUUUUUAUUUAUUAUUUACUUUUAUGUUUAGAUUAUCAGUGAUGCCAUAAAAAUAAACAAGUAUUAAAUGUUGAAAUAAAUAUUUGCAGAAGAUAGUUUUAAACGAAGUGUUAAUUUGACCCCAGUGUAAGAUGUCAGUUAAUAUUUGAAUAGAAAAUUCAUGUUGAUGAAAGUCGCAUCCAUUAACCGUUCAUUUUCAUUGGAAGCUAUAAAUAGAACAAAAUCACGUGCUCUCAGCGCAACCUGCUGAUUAAAACUGCUCCAGAUAGUAAAUAAAUGUGUAACGUUUGAAAAAUCUUACGGAAAUCAACUAUUUCGCGAGAUUUUCGUUGCUUGUCCUUCAUAACAGUGACGUCAGCAAAAGGUGAUGGUGUUUUCGUUGAUUUUCGGAGUUUUUCGUCAAUUUCCGUCAAUUACUGAAACUAUUAAUACUAGCAGUUAAUGGACGUUGUACCCUUGGUGUUGCGUGCAUGUCACUUGCAUGAUUUGUAAGGUUGAGGGAUAAAUAGCAAAGACUUCUGUGUUCAACAAUCAACAACAUAAUUUUACUUUAAGGACUAUAGUGUUAUACAAAUAGUCAUUAGGUUGAAUUAAGAAUAUGUGAACCUUUUCCCCAGAAUUUUUUGUUUUCAUUUAGAUCUACUAAACAUAUACUGUGUAGCUGUCUUUUUACUUUGUUUCAAGCACAAAAUGAUUGGCCAAUUCAUUUGAUCCCAUCCCUGACGUCACAAGUGAUUUGUGUCUGUCUAAUCAGAAUCUAAAAAAAUGUGAACAUUUUGCAUAUGUGGGAUUGCAUCUUUGUUUUCUUUGCAAAAUUGUCAAUUGAAAUUUAAAAGUAUUUUACUUAAAUGCCAAGACUUUAGCACCAAAAGAAUAUCAAUAUUAGGUCAAAGGUUAUCCUUUCCAAAAUACAGGUGUUUGAUUGGCCAGAAACCAGUACAAUGUAUAUUGACCGAUGAAAAUCCCGGAAUCAAAAAAGUUAGAUAAACAGGGCAGGUCUGUCUUUCACAGCGGAUUUUACUACUAUAUUUUAGCAGCCUAAAUUACCUUAGUAUUUAUCGGGUGUGCGGUGCAGAGGGGGGGGGGGGGUAUUCUUUUUACAUUACAUUUAUCUAAUGACUAUUUGUAUAAUGCCGAACCUUCAAUUCUCCACAAAAUAAACCAUGACAAAAAUGUGUUCAAUCAAUAAGGUGCAAUAGCAAUAUAAAAGAAAAAUUACAACUUCAAAGGAGAGACCGAUAGUAAAUAAAGGUUCUUAGUAGAUACUAAUAAAAAUUGGGCUGAGGGAAUUCUUUUAAUAUGUUUAUGUAUUGUAAAUAGCAUUAUUUAUAAUUUACAAAAAAAACUAGUCAAGAUGAAAUUUGCCUUUUUAAAAAUAUUAUAUAUUAUGUAGAUAUUGUCAAAAAUUUUAUUUGAGGAAAUUUUAUCUCAAACUGUACACAUAUCUUUUAGCAGAUUUGACAUAUCAGAAAAAAAUCUGUUUUUUUUUCAUAUAUUAUAUACAUAUAUUUAUUUUCUUGAUUAUGAGAUUUUAUAUUUGUCAUAUCGCUAACAAUGUCGUUACGAACGUUACAAGUUAUUCAGUUCGACAAAACUUUCCUUAAAGAGCUCCUACAAGAAUAAAGCGUAGGGUUGAAUUAAAAUGAUUAAUUCCGUAGCAAUUCUUGAAGCUUGUAUUAAUAUUGAACUACGUUACCAAAUGUCGGGUUAAGAAUUUUAAGUGAUCGUAACGUAGUAAUGUAACGUAUCGUAACGUAGCAAAUGCUGGACAGCACAACUAUGUAUGUGAGUGUGUGUGAUGGACGCGUAUUUUUAUUUUCAUUUUUUUAUUCAACCAUGACAUAUAAUAUUUUUCUAUGACGUUACAGCUAGAUUUUUUACUGCUAGCAUUUAACAUGAACGUACCUUUUGCAAUAUUUGUAAAGAGUGUUUCAAGUAUGAUUUAGACAGAUUGAAAGACCCAAAACAUAUCUUAAUUUUUGUUAAGUCUGACGAAUGAACGAGAAAAAAAAUAUUUUCAAAAAAUA